AUGAAGAACUCGGAAAGUAAGGCGUUUCUGCAUUAUUGCUUUAUGAUGGCACCAUCAUUGUAUCCUCAUCCUGUUAUUCUAUGGUUGCUUUGCAUCGUUGUAUGUUUGCAGAUGUGUAUGGGUUGUUGGAGAGGCAGCGCGGCGGAAUGGGGGUCAGAGCGCAUCUCUGCUGAUCUCUCACGUUCGCAGCAACACAGCUAAACAAAACGCACGUUUUCACUCUGUUUUGAAGUGCAGCCUCGACAUGACAUACAAUGUUUAAACUUGAAGAUAAAAGAUGGGCUAGACUACAUUUUAUCUGCUUGCCGCAUGGUCUGUAACAACAGCAUCAGUGGGGACUGGGGACAUGCUGUAGCGGUCUGGAGUGAGAGGAAGUGUGCCAAUUUGAGCUGUCAGAGAUCAGAGCGGCAUGGGAUGUUUUGUAAUUGGGGUCUUGAGAGAGGAUGGAAAGAUAGGUGCGGCAGUGUGUGUGACUGUGUGUGUGUGACUGUAUGACUGUGUGUGAGAGUGAGAGAGAGAGCGAGAGAGAGGGUGUGUGUUUGAGAGAGAGAGAGAGAGAGAGAGAGAGUGUGUGUGUUUGAGAGAGAGAGAGAGGGUGUGUGUUUGAGAGAGAGAGAGAGAGAGAGAGAGAGAGAGAGAGAGAGAGAGAGAGAGAGAGAAAGAGAGAAAAAAACUGUACCACAUAGCAGGAUAGGUGUGUCAGGCUGUGUGGGGGUGGGACUGGGUAGGGGGGAGUAUUCUCCUCAUUCUCUGUCAGGAGGAGAAACAUAUUUUAUAGAUCAUAAUACAUCCUUAUGCAAACAGAACUGCAGAUAUGGUGCCAUUAUGGAAUCCAAACAUUUGCUGCACAUAUUACCAUAAAGUGUAGCCCCUAAUACUAAGAGUUCUACCAAGAGGUCUGGACCUUUAUGGCACAGCAUGUAGUGCACUUGUAUAUGUAACUGCAGGUUCACUGGCGUGUGUGUGUGUGUGUGUGUGUGUGUGUGUUCUGGCCUGUGUGAUUAGCCAGAGACAAUAGCCAUGCUGUGGUGGCAGCAGCUGUCCCAAUAGAUAACAGGACCUUCAUUACAGUUCCUGUAAGGAUGGCAGAUUGUCCCUUUUUGGUGUGUCUGUGUGCGUUGUCUCACAAGUCUUUCUCUGCUGCCGUAAGCCUGCUGUCUCUGUAUAUAUACUCUUACACACUCACCUGUCAUGGCAUUUAAGAGUGUGUGUGGGAGACGUGGGGGUCUAGUGUAAGCAUGAGAGUGUGUAAGACAGUCAGGUUAGAGAGUGUGUGUGUGUGUUAUUAUAACGGUACUAAGGUGUUCUAUAUAUAGCUCAGAGAAAACGACACAGACAGUUAAUGCUGUUUUCCCUGCUGAGUUAGUUAUGCAAGCUCCCCCCAAAAUACCAGCACUGCUACAGACACGUCACGCGGCGAUCGCGCGCCGCCGCGCGCGCGCGAGCGCGCGCGAGGCGCGCGGCGCGCGCGCUCGCUCGCCGCGCGCGCGCCGCGCGCGCGAAAACACACCGCCGCGCGUCGCGCGAGCGCGCGCGCAAAACACGCGCGCGAGAGAGCUCGCGCCGCGCGCGCGCGCAUAGUGCGGGCACGGCUCCACCCUCGCGCGCGAGCACGGCGACGCUCCUCGGCCUCUGUCUCGCAGCGCGCAGCCGAUCCGCUCUCCUGCGCGCUCCUCGCGUCUCUCUCUCGCCCUCUCUCACAAACACACGACUCUCUCUCUCUCUCUCUCUCUCAACACUCUCUCUCUCUCUCUCUCUCUCUCUCUCUCUCUCUCUCUCUCUCUCUCUCUCAAACACUUCUCUCACUUCUCUCACCCUCUCUCUCUCUCUCUCGCACUUUCUCUCUCUGUCUCUCUCUCUCUCUCUCUCUCUCUCUCUCUCUCACUCACUCACAUACACAGACACAGACACACACACAUACAAAUGGUUGUACGCACACACAGAGAAAUCCUUGAAAGACAGUUUUUGUUGUUUUCUCUUGAGUCUUCUCAUUUGCAUGAUGUGCUGCUGAGCUGCUUGUCACGUGUCUCACACUCAAAUUACUCCUUUCAGGAGAAAUGUCUUUACUUUUGAAAGGCAGAUGUGAAAGCAGUAGAGGGGAAGUGGAUAAGGAUAUGCUUUCAACUUGUCCAGUUCUUUCAGAUCAGUGGGAAUGUAGGAAAGGAGACAAGGGGAAAGUAGAGGAAGUGACUAGAAUAUUGAAAUGCUGCCAGGGCUAGGUGAUGUCUAACACCUGUUCUAUUUGCCUUUGUUUCCCAGGGGAGCGUUUUCAGUGGUGCGCCGCUGUGUCAAACUUUGCACCGGCCAGGAGUAUGCUGCCAAAAUCAUCAAUACCAAAAAGCUCUCAGCCAGAGGUGAGACACAUACACCCACCCACACGCAAACAAUAUGUGCCAACUGUCAAAUAGCUGGGGGUAAGCUGUGUGGUAUUUGUUGAAAUUAUACAAUAUAACGUUAGCUUUCCCAUCUCUAUGCAGUGUGUGUGUGUAGUGUAAGCGAUAUAUAUACAGUAUCUCACAAAAGUGAGUACACCCCUCACAUUUUUGUAAAUAUUUGAGUAUGUAUUUUCAUGUGACAACACUGAAGAAAUUACACUUUGCUACAAUGUCAAGUAGUGAGUGUACAGCUUGUAUAACAGUGUAAAUUUGCUGUCCCCUCAAAAUAACUCAACACACAGCCAUUAAUGUCUAAACCGCUGGCAACAAAAGUGAGUACACCCCUAAGUGAAGAUGUCCAAAUUGGGCCCAAUUAUCCAUUUUCCCUCCCCGGUGUCAUGUGACUCGUUGGUGUUACAAGGUUUCAGGUGUGAAUGGGGAGCAGGUAUGUUAAAUUUGGUGUCAUCACUCUCACACUCCCUCAUACUGGUCACUGGAAGUUCAACAUGGCACCUCAUGGCAAAGAACUCUCUGAGGAUCUGAAAAAAAGAAUUGUUGCUCUACAUAAUAAUAAGCCAUUUAGCAGACGCUUUUAUCCAAAGCGACUUACAGUCAUGCGUGCAUAAAUUUUUGUGUAUGGGUGGUCCCGGGGAUCGAACCCACUACCUUGGCGUUACAAGCGCCGUGCUCUACCAGCUGAGCUACAGAGGACCACACAUAAAGAUGGCCUGGGCUAUAAGAAGAUUGCCAAGACCCUGAAACUGAGCUGCAGCACGGUGGCCAAGACCAUACAGCGGUUUAACAGGACAGGUUCCACUCAGAACAGGCCUCGCCAUGGUCGAUCAAAGAAGUUGAGUGCACGUGCUCAGCGUCAUAUCCAGAGGUUGUCUUUGGGAAAUAGACGUAUGAGUGCUGCCAGCAUUGCUGCAGAGGUUGAAGGGGUGGGGGGUCAGCCUGUCAGUGCUCAGACCAUAUGCCGCACACUGCAUCAAAUUGGUCUGCAUGGCUGUUGUCCCAGAAGGAAGACUCUUCUAAAGAUGAUGCACAAGAAAGCCCGCAAACAGUUUGCUGAAGACAAACAGACUAAGGACAUGGAUUACUGGAACCAUGUCCUGUGGUCUGAUGAGACCAAGAUACACUUAUUUGGUUCAGACGGUGUCAAGCGUGUGUGGCGGCAAACAGGUGAGGAGUACAAAGACAAGUGUGUCUUGCCUACAGUCAAGCAUGGUGGUGGGAGUGUCAUGGUCUGGGGCUGCAUGAGUGCUGCCGGUACUGGGGAGCUACAGUUCAUUGAGGGAACCAUGAAUGCCAACAUGUACUGUGACAUACUGAAGCAGAGCAUGAUCCCCUCCCUUCGGAGACUGGGCCGCAGGGCAGUAUACCAUUUUUAUUUUUUUAUUUUAUUUCACCUUUAUUUAACCAGGUAAACCAGUUGAGAACAAGUUCUCAUUUACAACUGCGACCUGGCCAAGAUAAAGCAAAGCAGUGCGAUAAAAAACAACAACACAGAGUUACAUAUGGGGUAAAACAAAACAAAGUCAAAAAUACAACAGAAAUACAUAUAAUAUACAGUGUGCAAAUUUAGCAAGUUAUGGAGGUAAGGCAAUAAAAUAGGCUAUAGUGCAAAAUAAUUACAAUUUAGUAUUAACACUGGAAUGAUGUGCAAGAGAUGAUGUGCAAAUAGAGAUACUGGGGUACAAAUGAGCAAAAUAGAUAACAAUAUAGGGAUGAGGUAGUUGGGCGGGCUAAUUUCAGAUGGGCUGUGUACAGGUGCAGUGAUCGGUAAGGUGCUCUGACAACUGAUGCUUAAAGUUAGUGAGGGAGAUAAGUGUCUCCAGCUUCAGAGAUUUUUGCAAUUUGUUCCAGUCAUUGGCAGCAGAGAACUGGAAGGAAUUGCGGCCAAAGGAGGUGUUGGCUUUGGGGAUGACCAGUGAGAUAUACCCGCUGGAGCGCAGACUACGGGUGGGUGUUGCUAUGGUGACCAAUGAGCUAAGAUAAGGCGGGGAUUUGCCUAGCAGUGAUUUAUAGAUGGCCUGGAGCCAGUGGGUUUGGCGACGAAUAUGUAGUGAGGACCAGCCAACAAGAGCGUACAGGUCACAGUGGUGGGUAUUAUAUGGGGCUUUGGAGACAAAACGUGAUAAUGACCCCAAACACACCUCCAAGACGACCACUGCCUUGCUAAAGAAGCUGAGGGUAAAGGUGAUGGACUGGCCAAGCAUGUCUCCAGACCUAAACCCUAUUGAGCAUAUGUGGGGCAUCCUCAAACGGAAGGUGGAGGAGUGCAAGGUCUCUAACAUCCACUAGCUCCGUGAUGUCGUCAUGGAGGAGUGGAAGAGGACUCCAGUGGCAACCUGUGAAGCUCUGGUGAACUCCAUGCCCAAGAGGGUUAAGGCAGUGCUGGAAAAUGAUGGUGGCCACACAAAAUAUUGACACUUUGGGCCCAAUUUGGACAUUUUCACUUAGGGGUGUACUCACUUUUGUUGCCAGCAGUUUAGACAUUAAUGGCUUUGUGUUGAGUUAUUUUGAGGGGACAGCAAAUUGACACUGUUAUACAAGCUGUACACUCACUACUUUACAUUGUAGCAAAGUGUGAUUUCUUCAGUGUUGUCACAUUAAAAUAUAUAGAAAGAGGAGUGGGAGGCCCCGGUGCACAACUGAGCAAGAGGACAAAUACAUUAGAGUGUCUAGUUUGAGAAACAGACGCCUCACAGGUCCUCAACUGGCAGCUUCAUUAAAUAGUACCCACAAAACACCAGUCUCAACGUCAACAGUGAAGAGGUGACUCCGGGAUGCUGACCUUCUAGGCAGAGUUGCUAAGAAAAAGCCAUAUCUCAGACUGGCCAAUAAAAAGAAAAGAUUAACAUGGGCAAAAUAACACAGACACUGGACUUUUUCUUUGCAUAAUGCAAAGAAAAUAAGUUCAUGUUAAUUUUUAAACAACACAAUACUAAAGUUUUAACUUAGGAAGAGUUCAGAAAUCAAUAUUUGGUGGAAUAACCCUGAUUUUCAAUCACAGCUUUCAUGCGUCUUGGCAUGCUCUCCACCAGUCUUUCACAUUGAUGUUGGGUGACUUUAUGCCACUCCUGGCGCAAAAAUUCAGGCAGCUCGGCUUUGUUUGAUGGCUUGUGACCAUCCAUCUUCCUCUUGAUCACAUUCCAGAAGUUUUCAAUGGGGUUCAGGCUGGAGAUUGGGCUGGCCAUGACAGGGUCUUGAUCUGGUGGUCCUCCAUCCACACCUUGAUUGACCUGGCUGUGUGGCAUGGCGCAUUGUCCUGCUGGAAAAACCAAUCCUCAGAGUUGGGGGACAAUGUCAGAGCAAAAGGAAGCAAGUUUUCUUCCAGGACAACCUUGUACAUGGCUUGAUUUAUGCGUCCUUCACAAAGACAGAUCUGCCUGAUUCCAGCCUUGCUGAAGCACCCCCAGAUCAUCACCGAUCCUCCACCAAAUUUCAGAGUGGGUGCGAGACACUGGCUUGUAGGCCUCUCCAGGUCUCCAUCUAACCAUUAGACGACAAGGUAUUGGGCAAAGCUGAAAAUUGGACUCAUCAGAGAAGAUGACCUUACUCCAGUCCUCUACGGUCCAAUCAUUAUGGUCUUUUGCAAACCUCAGCCUGGCUCUUCUUUGCUUCUCAUUGAUGAAGGGCUUUUUCUAGCUUUGCACGACUUCAGCCCUGCCCCUAGGAGCCUGUUUCGAACCCGUCCUCGCCGUGCACUUCACCCCAACUGCCGUUUGCCAUUCUUUUGUAGGUCACUUGAUGUCAUCCUACGGUUGUUGAGUGACAUUCGAAUGAGUUGGCAGUCAUCCUGGUCAGUAGAGAGUCGUUUUCACCCUCUGCCGGUCUGUAGCUUUGUUGUCCCCAAUGUCUGCUGCUUGAACUUGUUCUUAUGAACCGCCGUCAUUUACAUUUUAAGGAUGGAAGCAACCUGACGCUCACUGUAUCCCUCUGCCAGUAAAGCCAGAAUUGAACCCUUCUUUUCCUCAUUCAAAACUUUCCUUUUCAACUCCUUUGGCAUGGUCAAUAGUUAUUUUUUGAUUAAUAUUACUUUUGAGGUACUAUUAGCACUGUUUUUGCCAUUCAACUGGUCCUAUUGCAGGAGGAUAGUGAUGACCACAGCAGUGGUUUUUAUACUUUUCCUCGUUAAAUAAGAUUUGAUUCAGGUGAUCACCUAAUCAGUACCUAAUUCAGUAGAAUGAGGUGUGCCUGUGUUGGAAUUCAACAGACACUGGAAUGGAUGUCAUACAUGUAGAGAUGCUUAUUUAAGAAAAAUUUGCAGUGGUCUCUUAAUUCUUUCCAGAGCUAUGCCUCUAAAUGUGUGCGUGCAUGUGUGUGUCCACGUGUGUGUGUGCAUGUAUGCGUGUGUCUAUAUGUGUGUGUGCUUCUGGUGUCCUAGAUCUGCAAGCUCACAUUAACAUAUUUGAGAUGCCGCUUGAUUCUACAGAUUGAGAGUCAUUUAUGCUACUUUUGAUAGAGAGAGAGAUGGAGAGAGAGACGGAGAGAGCGAGAGAAAGAGAGGAGAGAGAGACAAAAGGGGGGGGAGAGAGAGAGAGAGAGAGAGAGUAGAACCCUUUCUACUGCCAACAGAUAUGGCAGGACAACCUCUGAAGCUCUUCAUUUAGAGACAAGGGCUGCAUCUCAAUAAUCUACAGUCGCUGACCCCACCUUUCCCUCAUCUCCUCCACCAUCUGCAAAGGGCUGAAUAUCUAAAAGAGCUGGUCAUCCAAAUUCUAGUCUCCUCAGCUCAGAGCAGAGGAUGGAGAGAACAGGAAGAGAGGAGUCAAGGAGAGGGGGAGAGGACACAAGGAAAUGAGGACACACACAGACACACACAGACACACACAGCCACACACACAGACACACAGACACACACACACACACACACAGAGACAGACAGACAGACAGACACAGACACAUACAGACACACACACACACACACACACACACAGACAGACACAGACACAUACAGACACACACAGACACACACACACAAACACAUACAACACUCAUAUUUUGGUAGACUGUUAAUCUGCCCUGUAAAUAUCAAAUUAUAACUUUCUGCCUCAAACAAUAUUAAAACACUCAAUUAAACACUGAGAGCUUGGCUAGGCCAUCCCCCCUCAUACUGAUAACACACACACACACACACACACAUCAGCAUGCCCCCCCAGCCUGAGUCUGUUUUGUCACGAAAUCAAAGCUAUUCCCUCCAUGUCCUCAUAGAGAAGGUUCAGGCUGGUGUGUGUGUGUUUGUUUGAGUUGAUGUGUGUGUGUGUGUACAAUCCCCGUUACAGGAAGUCUCAAAGGCCAGUCUCAGGAUGGAAAUAAUGCACAUAAUAUGAUUUUUAUAAUGAACAGUAUCCUUGAGGAACCUGUCAGACAGGCACGCACACACACACAUACGCACGCACGCACGCACGCACGCACACACACACACACACACACACACACACACACACACACACACACACACACACACACACACACACACGCCUCACAUGAGGCUACUAAACAACACCAGGGAUGCAUCUGAAGUCAACAGUCUAAAUUCUCUUCUUAGUUUCCUCUUCUCCUCUCCCUCUGAACAGGACAGCUGAACCUUCACGUCAGUGAAGGAGGAGGGGAGGGGAGGAACACAUCUUACACUAUUAAGAUGCACCUGAUUGUCAGCUGUUUCUAGCCAAUAGGAGAUAUCUUAUGAUGAGAGAGAGAGGUGUAUAAAUGAUAAUAAUUAUGUGGGUGCUUAUAUUUAUCCUAUUUCACACAUGUACAAGUGUGUAUUAAAAAACAUGUGAAUUGGAUAUGUGUAUAUCCCAACACCCCUUGAGAGAGUGGGGUCACAGUCGCCAUUGUCCUGCGCCCCUUAAGCACAUCUUUCAGCUAGGGGAUUUGAACUAGCAACCUUUCGGUUACUGUCUUAACGCUCUAACCGCUAGGCUACCUGCAGCCCUAUUCAGUGAGGUGGAACUGGAACGUUCAUAAUGUUGCAGACAGAAAUGUAACAACUACAGCCGAUGACAUUCCCUAAUCUGCAUGAUAGACAAUCAUAUCAGUUCUACACAAUACAUUUAUUUCCUGGUAUAACUGGGCUGAGCUGAGCUGGCUGGGUUGUAUUGUAUAGAGCUAUAGUACCCAUUACUAAGUUUGCUGUGGGACUUCCUGACAGUGUAACCUGACACAGUAGAUCUUGUAUUACACUGGCACCCACAAUGUACAACACUGAUCUACUGUUAAUAGGUCAGAUACUGCAGAGCGCUGUGCUGCAGCUGGAUACUUGGGGAGGUCACCUUGGAGUAGAGGGAAACACACAGUUUAGAAACCGGGUUUCUUAACCUUUUGUGUAAAGAAAAAAAGAACGUUGAAAUGAGUUUAAGGUACCGGGGGCUGGUCUAGUGGUAGCGCUUCUGGACCACACUAUGUCCCUCUCCUCUAUCUCCCCAUUUCAAUCAAUCUAAAUUGGUGCCAGCUGACCAUCUGAGGGAAUGGUCAGGGAACAGCCAGCCACAUCAAGGGACUGGUGGUGGUCCAUGGACCCUGGUGUGAGAACCACUGGAUUGAAUGUAAGGAGGUGGAGCUGACCUCUGACAGGACCUAACAUCUGGGAUAUGUAUGGAUUAUUUACAUACACUUCCCUAUGGGCUAAAAUAGGUUGUGUGUGCCAACAUUGAUUCCUCUUUAUUUCAAAACAUUACAAUACAUUCAUUACAGAAUUCACAACACACUAAGUGUGUACCCUCAGGCCCAUACUCCAUACCACAUAUCUAUACUUUAUCUCUACCCUCCUCUGUUCUACUCCUCUCCCUCUGUCCCUCCAUCUCUCCAUCAUCUGAAGCUAUAGUAAGGGGAGUUAAUAUGGGGCAAUUGAAACCCUCAGGGUAUCUACUAUAUCUACAACCCUUGUGUGUGUGGGCAAGUGUGUGUGCGUGCAAAUGCGUAUAUUGAUGGGGACUUCAUAUUCUAAAAUAUUUCUCGCCUCCUGUUGAAUACACUUAUAGCAAACCUCUGAUAUCCUCCUGUUGUGGUAAUGAUAAUAUGAUAGAUCAUAUUGUACCAUAUUAUGAUAUCAUUGUAUCAAGAUUAUAUCUUCUUAUUCUCUCCUCAGAUCACCAGAAGCUGGAGAGGGAAGCCAGGAUCUGCAGAUUGCUCAAACACUCCAAUAUCGGUCAGUACCUGAAACUCUCUCUCUCUGCAGCUGGGGCUGCAGCACAGGAAUACAGUAGAGAAUAUGUUUUCUGCUGAUUGUUCUCAACCCAUCUCUCUCCCCCCCCCCCCCCCCCCCCCCCCCCCCCACUCUCUCUCUCUCUCUCUUUCUCUUUCUCUCUUUCUCUCUCUCUCUCUAGUUCGUCUCCAUGACAGUAUAUCAGAGGAGGGCUUCCACUACCUUUUGUUUGACCUGUGAGUGGCAGCGCUCUCCUCUCCUCCCUCUAUAUCUUUUAUCCCUCCCUCCUUCUUCUAUCCUUCCUCUUCCCUUCCAUCCCAUUUUUCUGCCUUUUCUUCUCGCCUUCCUUCUUACUGCCCUCUUCUCUCAUCCUCCCCCUCUCCUCUUCCUUCCUCUUCUUCUCUCAUCCUCUCCCUCUCCUCUUCCUCCUCUUCUCUCCUCCUCACCCUCUCCUCUUCCUUCCUCUUCUUCU